AUGAAUCAUCGUAUUGUCCAAUGGAAGAUGUGCGAUAAGAAUGGACAAGUUGUAGCUGGUGGGAAGGGCCAAGGAAAUCGUUUGGAUCAAUUGUAUCAUCCAACUGAUGUGCUGAUUGACAAAGAGACUGAUAGUCUCAUUAUCUGCGAUCGGGAUAAUCGACGAGUUGUACGAUGGUCUCGUCGUUGUGGCAUAACCCAAGGAGAAAUUCUCAUUGAUAACAUCGCUUCUUUUGGAUUGUUCUUGGAUGAUCAGAGAUAUCUCUAUGUCUCUGACAUCGAAAAAUAUGAAGUAAGACGAUAUCAAAUAGGAGACAAGAAUGGAAUUAUCGUAGCUGGUGGAAAUGGUCAAGGUGCUGAUCUCAACCAACUCAACCAUCCAACCUACAUCUUUGUCGAUCAACAACAGAAUGUCUACGUGUCAGACACCAGCAAUAAUCGUGUAAUGAAAUGGAAUAAAGAUGCAAAAGACGGCAUUAUCGUUGCUGGAGGUCAAGGUGAAGGAAAUAAUCUGACACAAUUGUCUGCUCCUUGCGGACUCUUCGUCAAUACGUUGGGUACUAUCUAUGUUGUAGAUCACGGGAGUCAUCGAGUAAUGCGUUGGAGUGAAGGAGCAAUACAGGGUACUGUCAUUGUGGGUGGCAAUGGUAAAGGAGAAGGAGCGAAUCAGUUCAAUUUUCCCCGUGGUUUGUCUUUCGAUCUGCAAGGAAAUCUUUAUGUCACCGAUCCGGGAAAUAGUCGUGUUCAAUUUUUUUCGAUUGAAUAA